AUGCAUUUAUCAGAUAGUAUUCAACGUAGUUUCAAAGCUCGGGUCAAGCGUAGGCGUCAAGGCCUCAAUGAAAGCAACAUUUUUGGAGACGGAGCGCCUUCCACAGAGGGAGUUCAAGAAAGAACUCCCGAUUCUUCCGAAAACGCCAGGCCAUUCGAGGCACGCACAUCCGAAUAUCUUGGCCCUUAUCCAUAUGAAACAUUAGAUGAUGUCAACGAUGAUGUUGACAAUGAUGGCAAUAGCGAAGAGAGCUGUUUUACCGACUUAUCAUCAGAGAACUCUAUAGCCCGUUCUGUUUCAAAUAGUACAUCUCCUGGUUGUUCAACCGCUUUGUCUCCUCGUCCGCAAUCAUGGAGUCACCGCAUUCAACAGGAAACUACUGUUAGCGAUCAAUUCGUGAACGACUCUCAGCGGAGUCAUGAUCAUAUUCGCUUAGAUAGCGACAGCAAUACCUUAGCAGAAGACUUAGAAAUAUUUGGUUCCCCUCUAGACAGAGUUAAAGCUAAAGAGGCUUAUCCAAGCUCGAGUUCGAGAAUGCGAGAUCCAAUUGGUCCCCAGAUUGGAGAAGAUGUUAAAAAAUCAACUUCUAGCUCCAGACCAAGGAAUUUACAUUCCGAAGAUAUUUUCGCUGCCAAUAACUCUACUGGAAUGGAUACCCUACAGCCGCUCUUUACAUCUUAA